AUGGAGUCGAUGGAAGUAAAAGUAAACCUGGGCAAGACCCAGGUCAUUGAUAAUGUGCCCAAGGUCAUCAAGGAAUUGAAAUUCGGAGCACUGUCGAAUGAUGAUAUUAUCAGCCAAGCCGUCGUUGAAGUCUCAGAUCGGAGAUUUUACGAUCUCGAGCGAAACCGUGUAGUACAAGAAAAUGGACCGUUGGAUCGAAGAAUGGGCAUCAGCGGCAAGACCGAGACUUGCCUCACGUGCAAUCUGGGACAUAAAGAUUGCAACGGUCACUUUGGCCAUGUGAGAUUAGUGCUUCCAGCUUUCCACAUUGGGUACUUCAAACGUGUCAUCGGUAUAUUACAAGUCAUCUGCAAAGAAUGUUCGGCCAUACUACUCCCCGAGGCCGAGCGCCGUGCCUUCUUGAAGGAGAUGCGGCGAGUACGGAAGGACAAUUUGCGACGCCUACAGAUUGCGAAACGGGUUGUCGAGCGUUGUAAGAAGAGCCGGGAUUGUACUGUAUGUGGUGCUGUCAAUGGUGUGGUGAAAAAAGCCGGCACAAGUGCAUUGAAAAUCGUUCAUGAAAAGUUUCGCUAUUUCAACCAGUCAGCCUCAACAAAAAAGGUCCCCCCAAUCAGCAAGGUGGUGUUCGAUGCAUCGUUAGAAGAAGCCAGAGCUACAAAUCCCGACGUGGACCGAUUCUACAAGAAAGCCCAGGAUGAUUUGAAUGCACUUCGAGUUCUGAAUUUGUUCAAAAAGAUAUUAGACUCGGAUUGUGAACUCUUGGGUCUCGAUCCUACAGAAGUCAGGCCGGAAACUUUUCUCUGGCAGUUUAUUCCUGCUCCUCCGAAUUGUAUUCGUCCCUCAGUCAGCCAAGAUGGAGCGUCCAACGAAGAUGACCUGACCGCCAAGCUCGGUGAUAUCGUGCAAAGCAAUAUCACUCUCAAAAACAACUUGAGGAAAGGAGCACCGAUCGGCACAAUAGUGGAAUGCUGGGAUUACAUGCAGUUACAAAUAGCUAUCUACAUCAAUGGUGACGUCCCUGGCCUAAAAGGAGAGGCUGGGAAACCAACUCGCUCUUUAGUCUCUCGCUUGAAAGGUAAACAGGGCAGAUUCCGAGGCAAUCUGUCGGGAAAGCGUGUGGACUUUUCAGGACGUACUGUUAUCUCUCCAGACCCGAACUUGCGAAUCGACGAGGUGGCAGUUCCCGAGCUAGUUGCGAAGAACAUGACAUAUCCAGAAGUGGUUACUCGAUAUAAUAAGGAGUGGUUACAACAGUUAGUGCGUAAUGGACGAACUAAAUGGCCCGGCGCAAACAUGAUCCUUAAAAAGGGCAACCCAUUUAAGACGAUGUUGAAGUUCGGAAAUCUUGAUCUGCUAGCCGACCGCCUGGAAAUCGGAGACGUCGUGGUGCGCCAUCUUGUUGACGGCGAUAUUGCGCUUUACAACCGACAGCCGUCGCUUCACAAGCUUAGUAUUCUUUCACAUUUUGUCAAGGUCCGUCCUUAUAGGACUUUCCGCAUGAAUGAGUGUGUUUGCAAUCCAUACAAUGCCGAUUUUGAUGGAGACGAAAUGAACUUGCAUAUUCCUCAAACCGAGGAAGCCCGUACCGAGGCGAUGGAGUUGAUGGGAGUAAAGAAUAAUCUGGUCACGCCUAAGAACGGAGAGCCGAUCAUUGGUGCCAUUCAGGAUUUCAUCAGUGCGGCCUACAUGUUGAGUAGCAAGGACAACUUUUUCGAUCGAAGAUCCUUUACUCAGAUCUGUCUAUAUAUGCUCGGACCUGACACGAAAUUCGACCUUCCUCCUCCCUCUGUCCUUAAACCUCAGAUGCUGUGGACUGGGAAACAGGUCUUCAAUAUUCUUAUGCGACCUAACAAGGACGAUCCGGUGAAGGUUAAUAUUGAUGCAGCUUGCCGAGAGUUUAAGAUGCCCAAGGAUGGUCGACCAAAGGAUUUGGAUCCCAAUGAUGGAUGGCUUGUCAUCCGCAAUUCUGAGAUCAUGUGCGGUGUCAUGGACAAAAGUACAAUUGGAUCUGGAAAGAAAGAAAACGUCUUCUACAUCAUGUUGAGAGAUUUUGGACCACCUGCUGCAGCCGAAGGAAUGAAUAGGUUGUCCAAGCUUUGUGCUCGUUGGUUUUCCAACGUGGGAUUCUCAAUUGGUAUCACAGAUGUGUAUCCGAGCGAAAAGUUGAUCCAAUCGAAGAACGCCUUGGUUGAAAAGGCCUACGCUGACUGUGAUGAUAUCAUUGCCAAGUACAAAGCAGGGAAACUAGAGAAACUCCCAGGCUCUGACGAGCUCGAGACCAUGGAGAGCUCGGUUUCUGGCAUUCUUUCCAAGGUCCGUCAAGCUGCUGGAGAAGAGUGUAUUGCGCAGCUUAGUAAAUACAACGCUCCUCUUAUCAUGGCCACGUCUGGAUCUAAAGGUUCCAGCAUCAACGUUUCACAGAUGGUUGCUGUCGUGGGUCAGCAAAUUAUCAGCAGUCAGCGUGUGCAAGAUGGGUUCCAAGAUCGAACAUUACCGCAUUUCCCUAAGAAUGCCAGACACCCGCCUUCCAAGGGUUUCGUGCGGAAUAGUUUCUUUUCCAGUUUGACUCCAACUGAGUUUUUCUUCCACGCAAUGUCUGGACGUGAAGGUUUGAUUGAUACUGCUGUUAAGACUGCAGAGACAGGUUACAUGUCCCGUCGUCUGAUGAAAUCUCUUGAAGAUCUGUCUGCCAAGUACGAUGGGACUGUCCGGACAUCAUCAGCUAGCAUCGUUCAGUUCACUUACGGUGGUGACAACUUGGACCCGGUAGAUAUGGAAGGAAAGGCCAAGCCUGUCCAUUUCGACCGUACAUAUAACCACGCCGUGGCAAUUACGCAUAACAACAACGAGAGGGGUCUGUCGCCCUCGGAAAUGAGAACUGUCACGGAAGAAAUAUUGUCCAAGGAACGAGCCAGAUUUGUUCGCAAGGGUCUUUUUGGCGAGGAUCUCCCAUAUGAGGACGAUAGCGAGUACGGCAUUGACCAGCAUGGAAGCGCACGUGGUUUUAUUGAGUCUAUCAAGGAAUAUGUAGACAACAAAGCAGAUGAGUUGGCCAGAGCAGGAGGCAGCUCUGGAUCAAAUGAGAAAGGGCGGAAAGCUCUAGAUCAUGUGAACAAACUCUCGGAGCGAUCUUUGAGAUGCUUUAUACUGUCUUGUCUUUCCAAAUAUGAAAAAGCCAAGGUUGAGCCGGGUCAUGCUGUAGGUGCAGUUGGAGCGCAGUCAAUUGGAGAGCCUGGAACGCAGAUGACUUUGAAGACUUUCCAUUUUGCUGGUGUCGGAAACUUGGCGCUCACCCAGGGUGUGCCGCGUAUCAAGGAAAUUAUCAACGCUUCGAAAGAGAUCAGUACGCCACUUAUUGCCUGUCGACUCGUGGACAAUAGAAACGUGGUCACUGCUCGAAUCGUUAAGGGCAGAAUAGAGAAAACAUUUUUGCGCGAUAUCAUUCAUGAUAUAGAGGAGAAUUGGUCGAGCAAUGACGCGUACAUUUCGGUCAAGAUCAAUUGGCAAACAAUUAAAAACCUUGAACUCGAGCUCAACAUUCAGCAAAUACUCAACGCUAUUCAAUCUCAUCGACGCUUCAAAGCCGAUGAUCUCAAGUUUACUACGUACAGAUCGCAUAUUCACAUACACAUGGACACCAGUCCGAGCAGCAAAGCCAACUUGAGCAAAACCGAUAUCGCCUUGACUAGUGCCGACCCUUACCUUCGCCUGAGACACCUUAAGCAAAUGCUUCCUGAUAUUCAAGUACUAGGCCACCCGCAGGCUAGACGAGCUAUUAUCCACUCGGAGAACGGUGUCAAUAAGCUUCUCGUGGAAGGUUACGGAUUGAAACAGUGCAUGACGACUGACGGAGUUGACGGAUUUCACACGAAAACAAACAAUAUCAUGGAGGCGCGGGCGGUGUUGGGUAUUGAAGCGGCGCGCCAAACUAUUAUCGACGAAAUGUGUGAAGUCAUGAAGGACAUGGACAUUGAUCCGCGACAUAUGCAUCUUUUGUCCGAUAUCAUGACUACUACCGGCGAAAUUCUUGGCAUCACUCGUUUCGGAAUGUCCAAAAUGCGUGACUCCGUGCUCCAACUCGCCUCAUUCGAGAAGACAGCUGACCAUCUGUUCGAUGCGGGCGGCACGGGGCGCACAGAUCGCGUGGAGGGAGUAUCGGAAUGCAUCAUUAUGGGCAAGACGGUAUCUCUAGGAACGGGGGCUAUGGAAGUUGUGCGCAAGCUCAACUUUUACGAGGGGCAUACGGGAGCGAAGAAGACGGUGUUUGAGGAUGCUUGGUCUGAGGUUAAUGGCGGGGAUUCUGCAUUGACUACUAGGAGGCAGAGGAGGAGAUGA